UGCGACGAGAGUCUUCUUAUCCUCUUAGAGCUUUUGAUCCUGGAGGGAUCGGGAGGGACUAACAACGACAACGACGACGACAACGACGACGACGACGUCACUAGCCCAUUGUCGUUAUUAUAUAAUCACUUUUAUCAAGCGUAAAGCCUUAGAGCAGCACCACUAUCCCGCUUGGUCUGGUGAAGUGUAUUUGUAGUAGGGGGGUCCAAAUCCAUGCCUUCUGGUUGUGGGCUCACAGGGCUUGGGUUAGUCUCUCUUGAGUGCAUCCAAUGCUGGAGGCAAGCAAGGACUCGCUUCCUCUUCGUGCAUAUGAGCUCCCAUCGCUGACUGACUGACUGGCUGAGUAGCUGGCCAGCUGGCUGGCUUGUUGGAUGACUGGCCAAGAAGCACACAUGGUGGACGGGUAGCAACUAGAGACCAACACGUACGAGUACAUACUCCGUACUACUGAAUGGAGCUCAUACAUGUGGCUGGCUGGAGAGGUAGUUGUAUGCGACAGGCAAGCAAGACUUUGUCCGUUCCUCCUACGGACCACGGUAGAGAGAAGAUGGAAUUUUGGUGAAAAACGCUCAUCUUCAACACCGUCAUGAGACUGGCUGAAUUGAUGUAGUUGCUGCUCCCGAGCCUCUUUGGACAAAAUCCCACGAAGCCUGAGGAGAACUACUAUUCCCGUGUACAUACAAGUAGUAGAUAGAGGGAACAGAACAAGUUGUUAUUGUUGUUGCCGCUCAGGCGAUCGGUUGUUGUUGUUGGGACUGGCAGAAGCAGUGGUAUGGAGGAGGAGGUGCUGGAGGCACUGGUGGUAGCAACGGUGCUAAUGUGGAGGAUUCCACGGAGUUGGCCAAAGUCACGGACGGUGUUCUUCAAGAGGGGCAUGAGCCCAAGUCGAAGUAGAGGGAAUAAUCACAAGACGAUGCGGACGAACAAGUCGCCACGGGUAUCUAUCUGCAAGUCCGUAUGUGCAGUCGAGUGUGUGUACUAGUGGAUGGGUGAGUGUAUGGACGGACAAGUGAGGGCUGCGACAUCAAAUUGGACGGACUCUCGCUAUCGACAACGCUCAAUUGUGGAUGUUCAAAUGAUGAUCAUCAGGCUGGCGUUGGAGUAGAUAACAACAUCUCCACAUCGAUUCGGAGUGAACUUGAGUGAUUUUUAGUGAAGGAGACAAUCGGUUCCUUGAUUUAAGUGGCAUGACAGUUCAAGUCGUCUCUUGACAGCCUUUGGGACGUGUUCCAAAAGCUUUGAGAAUACCCAUCGUUCGUUCCUGAGAGUGCAGUAAAGUGAUUGAAUUGUUCAACGAUGCAAGAUUGCCGCGAAACCUUGCAGAUUCAACGCCAUGAGGAAGAGUUCUUAAUGGCCCAUCAACAUGUGUCCACACCAAUCUCACUUCCGGAGUUUCUUUCUCCAUUCAACCAAUCUCCAAGUUUGAGUGCCAGUUCCAGAAGCUCAUAUAGUUCUGAUUUCGUGGGCAGUCCCGAGCAAAGCCACCGCUCAUCUCCUCCGGAGCAAAUGAUUCGCAAUGAUGUUCAAUAUUCCAAUGAAAACCUACUCUAUGCCAUUGACAAUACCAUGGUCAAACUUCAGAGUGACUCGGUCCCAACCGGGGGAACUUAUUUUGAGCUCAAACCAUACGAGCCAAAUUUGUCAACGAGUUUAGAGAGUGGAUACUUUGAAACAGUCACAUCCUCGGCCUCUUUGGGGGACUUGCAGCAACUUUUCGAAUCCGACGAUCGGUCAUCUAUUCCAGGGUUGGUAAGUGAGCCAUUGGGAGAUCAUCAUCAUCAUCAUCAACAACAUCAUCAACAACAAGAACAACAGCAACAACAGCAAGAACGAGUGACAUGGACUUAUCUGGAACCCGCGGAAACCCAAAUAGCAGUGACUAACCAGUUUUCCGUGUGCGACAGUGAGCCAUGGGACGUACAAAUCGUCACACCUGUACAAACGCCGGCUCAGACUUCACUCUUAAGUCAAGAGUUUCCCCAACCACUGGCCAUCAAGACCGAACCAGAUGAGAUUCUACCAAUGUCGUUUACAGACGAUCAGAUUCAGCGAUACCCAAUACAAUUGGUGAAACGAGAGCAAUCGCAACCGGAACCCGAUUCAACAUUCCCUAGUCCUACCAAGCGUCCUCGUCAUGACAGUGGAUUCCCAACUCCUCUCGCUCCGAUGGCUUCCGGGGAUGGACCCCGCCUUUGUCAUGUGUGCGGGGAAAAGGCCGGAAAACAUAGCUACUACGGAGGGCAGGUGUGCCCCAGUUGCAGGGCCUUUUUUCGACGAUCCGUUCAAAGCAAGUACAGUGACGUCUACACUUGCUCCAAGACGGGGAGUUGCCCCAUCACUCUGAAAACGCGCAAGAAUUGCCAGUAUUGUCGGUUUCAGCUCUGUGAACGGGCUGGAAUGAAACGGAGCUGGGUGUUGGCGGACGGAGAUCGAAAAAAAAAGUUGGACCCCAAGGAGACUGUCAAGCAGGAUACUCCCCACACGCCAACCAUUCUUGAAGAUAGCCAUGACGGCGAUCGCCUCCCCUUGAGCGACACCGAAGUUUCCAGGAUUGACAACUUCUUUCAUCAAAUGACAACCAUCAAAUCCAGUCCCAUUCCUCUGGAAUCGAACGUUGUGGAAGAAAUUGCUCAAUUGGUCAAGUACAAAGAAAAGGUUCUCUCCGAAUCCACCAGAAAAGCUUUAAAACACGUCAUGACAACGAGGUUGCGAUCCUUUGCCUUGGCUUUGGAUGAAAUACGGGUGCUUGAAAGCGCAGAGAGGGAUAUACUUUUGGAUUGCAACCUGGAAGCCAUGCUGAAGCUGUUACUCUCUAAUUUCUUGAGGACCCAGACCAAUUGGGUAAAUCAAGUGGAGACAGUUCUUGGACCAUCGGAUGUCAUAAAGCUAUCCCAACAAGUCAAUGAUUUGACAAUCGAUUCGGCUCAUGGAGUGGAAUAUGGCCAAGUGUUCCCCAAUACUCAAUCUCCUUGGGACGACCAGCACCGUCACUUGAUGGAAAAGGUUUGCAAGUGGAUGCAAACAAGCCAGGAUGAUGGGACAGGAUUUUGUCUCCUAAGUUUGGUGCUCCUCUUUUCCGUGGAUAGGAUUCCAAGCGCCCUGAGAAGCCGUCAGAUUUGCGAAAAUCAACAGCUCGAAUUCCUAGUGCUUCUCAAGAAGUAUUUGCAAUCUAAACAUGGGAAACAUGUCGGCAGCAAGUAUUUCGCCGGAGCCAUUCAAGUUCUUAUGGACUGCCGAGACCUUCAGGAACUCAGUGCGAAAAUUUGACUCAGGGGCCAUUUGACAUCGUCCCGCCAUCAUCACAUUACCACCUUAAUGUUAUAUCCUCACCUUUUACACUAUUCGAUAUGGUUCGUUGGUGGUCGAUUGGUUUAACGCUGGAGAAAGAAAUACAUAUGGAAUACUCUAAAUAUUUUGGAUAAUAUACGUAACUUGACGUACAUUGCUACCAAUAAACCACAUGACAACCCA